AAUUUCUAAUUUGUAGGUCAACAUCAAGUCAAUGUUCCUCUCCUUGGAGUAAAUUCAUAUUUGUCUUGUUUCUGGAGAUGAUUUAUGUUUGAUGAAAUUAAUGAUGUACUUUCUUUCUUCUCUCCCCUUGUCCUGUGUGCCCUCCCCUCCUCCCCCCUCAUCCCUCCUUUGUUCUCGGGUCAAUCCUCCCUCUCCCUCCUAAAUCUCUCCCCCCUUCCCUCUUCUUCUUCUCUCCUCUUUUUGCAGCGGGAUAACGGAUCGUAGACCUGCAGAACCCUCAUUCAGAGCAUCACUGUGAAACACACACUCACACACACACACACACACACACACACACACACACACACUUAAUACAGUUGUUUACUCCUCUCCACUCUCCAGAGGCUCCCCCUGAAGUGUGUGGAUAAAGUGGGAGGGUGUGUGUUUGUGUAUGUGUUGAUGAGUGUGUGGGUGUCUAGUGACACUUUUCAUGGGACAUUGAGAGAUGUGUGUGUCACAGUGGACGGGCUAUAGGGGGCCGGUCUCCCCCACCCUCCCCCUGCUCCUCCUCCCCCUCCUCCUGUCCUUCUUCUCCUCCACGCCCCCCCUCGCUCAGGGAGCCAUCAGCAUCCCCGAAAACUAUAAAGUGCAUAACAUGUCGGAGCCUCCGGAGCUGACAGAGCUGCCACUCUCGUACACAGUCUUUUCUCACGAAGACAUCAAUCUGCCCUGUGAGGCCACCGGUAACCCAACUCCCACUUUCCGCUGGGUGAAAGACGGCGAGGCGUUCGGGUCGGAGCGUGAAGAGUUCGGGACGUUAAGAGCCCAAGAUGAAGAAGAGACACUCGACUCGUACGGAGGCUACUACCGCUGUUACGCCUCGAACGCUCUGGGAACCGCCAUGACACAAUCCGUACAUCUCAUCGUGGAGCCUCAACCGGUUCUUCUAAAACAGCAACGGGUCGAUAAGAAAGCAAACGAGGGAGAUAGCAUGAUCCUGGCCUGCAACCCUCCAAACAGCUCCACCCCCCCGCACAUCCACUGGAUGGACAGGAGGAUGGUGCACAUCAAGCUGAACGACAGAGUGAUGGUCGGCCUGGACGGGAACUUGUACUUUUCUAAUCUUAUUAAGACAGACAGCAGAAGGGACUACUCCUGCAACGCUCAGUACACCGCAGCCAGGACGGUCCUCCCUCUCCCUGCUGUCCACCUCACUGUCAUACAUAGUAAUGAUCUUGUUCAUGGCAAGAAGCCUGACUUCUUCCAUCCCGUGGGCUCCCACAGCUCCGUGCAGGCCCUCAUGAGCCACAGCGUCGUCCUCGAAUGUCUCCCCAAAGGCCUACCAACUCCGAAGAUGGAGUGGAAGAAGAAGGAUGGCAGCCUGGAGGAAACCAGCGGCAGGGUGGAUUCAGAUUCACACGGCCGCUGGUUUCGCUUCGACAGCAUCGAGCAGAAUGAUGACGGGGAGUACGAGUGCAUCGCCUCCAACAACCAUGGCUCCGUCUCACACUCCUUCACCCUCACUGUGGAAGCCCCUCCGUACUGGGUGAAGAAGCCUCAGAGUCUGCGCUACGCUCCGGGGGAAACGGUGCGUCUGGACUGUCAGUCUGAAGGCAUCCCGACCCCAAAGAUCAGCUGGAGCAUCAACGGAGAGCUGCUCUCAGGUACGUUGAAG